AGAGAACAAGUCUAUUGCUAGCAGCAAGACUUUUAAUAAAUUUUCUAGAUUUUUUUCCAAGUUUUGCACAACACAUUGUAGACGUUGCGUGAUAAUAUUUGGGUAUUCGUUUCGAUUUAAAUGAUGGGGGACGACGCGGACCAAAGCCACGAUGAAGUAAUCACUCCGGAAGGUGUCAUAUGUGUGGAUGAGGUGAACAUAAUUGAGAGCAACAAUCCCGCCGAUUACAGGCACAUUAUCGACGAUAACGUGGGUGCCACAACACGAGUUUGCAUCGGAACAUCCACUUUCUGGUGUAUUCCUUCACUUCUGCAAUUCCAUUGCAAAUAUUUCGAACGCCACAUUCGCCGGGGCUAUCGCUUUCGCGAGGGCGCUGACCUUACUGCCGUGGGUUUUCGAGCUGCCUACGAUUGGAUGAGAUUGCAAGAGUCUCUGGGAAACGAAAAAGGCCCGGGUCAAGUGGUUGCCACGCUGCAUACGGCCAUGCAACUAGAGAUGCGAGCACUGCAGACGGUCUGUUAUCGAUUCCUGUGCGGAGCCCACUUCCGAGAGGAGAUCGCCUUCGAGGUUUACCUAAAGGCCCUGAAGUAUCCCGAACUCGAAGCGCUCCGCAAGGUGAUGCUUCAGAGGAUCGGGAUCCAUUUUCUGGCCGUGGUGGGGGAAUCCAUUUUCGGCAGAUGCCCCUAGAGGAUGUGGUCACCAUGAUUUCCCAGGAUUCAUUGGGGGUCAAUUCCGAGGUGGAGGUCUUUUCGGCCCUUAUCUGUUGGCUAGCUUAUCGUCCGCAGGAAAUGACAAAGCUGAUGCCACACCUGACUGGGUGCGUUAGAUUCACCUUAAUA